UCGCUCCUGACCACUAACCACCGGGACUCAACACCAACGCUAUCAUGGACACUCAGUACGGCGAAACUGCACCUCCACCUGCUGACCCCUAUGCCGAGGCGUACAACGACCAGCCCUCCUCUGGCCCACACCCCGCUGAUCGCGACCGGGAUGUGCCGCCGCCGAGGGGUCGCUCUCGCUCUCGCUCCCCAGCAAGGGACUCCUUCCGCAGGGCCUCGCCAGUCCCCAAGCGGCCUGCGCAGGCUCCAAUUCAGGCGCCUAAUCCCUCCAGCGUGUUGGGAGUCUUCGGCCUGAGCAUUCGCACCGUCGAGCGUGACCUAGACGAAGAAUUCAGCCGCUUCGGUCGUGUGGAGAAGGUUGUCAUUGUGUAUGACCAGCGUUCCGAUCGCUCUCGAGGCUUUGGCUUCAUCACAAUGUCUACCGUCGAAGAGGCUUCAAGGUGCAUCAAGGAGCUCAAUGGAGUGGAACUAAACGGGCGUCGUAUUCGUGUCGACUACUCCGUUACCGACAGGCCCCACGCUCCCACCCCUGGAGAAUACAUGGGACACCGCCGUCGCCGCGGACGCGACUCUUACAGCGGCCGUGAAGAUCGUUACGACCGCUACGAUGAACCCCGUGAUCGUCGUGAUCGUGAACGCGACCGCGACCCAUACUCUCGCCGCCACGAUAAGGACGACAAGGAUAGAGACCACUACGGCAGAGACCGGGACUGGCGUGACCGCCGAAGCCCUCCGCCUCGCAGCCGCUACUCUCCUGACUAUAGGAGGCGUCGAAGCUACUCUAGGAGCCCCCCUCGUGGAAGCAGCCCUGCUCGUGGCGGUCGUGACUAUGAUGGUCCUGCCACAGCUGCCGCUUCUAACGGGGAGCCUCGUUGGUGAACGAUGUCUUACUGUUGCUUGACCCUUUUCUUUCGCGUUUGCUUGCGGUUGCGACUGUCUACAGCUCUGGCCUGUUCAGGGAAGAUCCGCUUCGGUGGUCAAAGGUGUGAAGGGCCAAGGCGCAAGUGAUGAAGAGUUACGCGGCCCCGGUUAUCGCAAUGCAUGCGCAGUUACCUCAAGUUAGUUGCCUCAAGUUGAUCAUGUUUUACCUCUAUGGAAGAUCGCAGUCUGCAAUCCUCGUCGAAUAGCACAAAACCCAAGUUAUCAAGUUUGCUGUCAUAACGCCUUCCAAUGUUCCUGUAAUCUCCUUCGCUACGACCCUCUGUGAAUCUGUUCAAACCCAAGUACACGGGCGCCACUUGAAUGAUCUGCAAGGUGUUUCCGGUGCGUGUCGUUGUCCUCGAAAACAAUACAUUUUCCUUUCGGGUGCGACGAUGAGCUGAGGCUCUUCCUCGCGGUAAGUAAUGCUAACCUCGUCCUCAGGAUGACAACCAGACGACUACGAUUUCUGUUUUCUUCUCAAAUUUAGGGAAGGUGGGUACAGGCGAGGCGCAGCAUGGUCGACAAGCUCAUCAGCGGGCACAGCAUGGUACGUAUACUUUUCGGCUGGAGAGUUGACACCGCUCCGCACUUGCAACCGCCCCGCCUCCAUUGUAUGAUCCUGCGGAUGUACUGCUCACCUCAAUUAAUAAACCACAUGAUCG